CGUUGCUUUUUUUUUUGUAUGUGCGUGUGUGUGUUUGAAGAGAGAUAGAGCAUGCGGGUUGUUGGCUUUAGCAACUUCUUCCGUUGUGUGUGACACGGGCGACCGGAUCGCUGACUGCUGUUCCCUCAGGCAAUGUUAAUAGAGAGUAGAGAGCAUGAUUAAAAGGAAUGGCUGAAAAUUAUCAUAGAAAACCAGUGUUCGUUUUCAGUCGAACGGGCGUCAGCAGCACACGACCUCGUCACGAUCAAGAAAUAAAAACAAAUAACAAAACUCACACCGGACUUUUUUUUUCUUUUUUUAAAAUAAAAUAUAAAAAAAAAGUUGAUGGAACAACAACCGCAUCACCGGUUCGAAAAAUAUAAAAACGUCUUAUCAGUUUUUUUAAUCUGCUUUUUUUUAAUAACCCGGGUAAUAGCUUCAGAAUAAACGAGUUCUGUCUUUUACUAUUUUUUUGUGUGUGUGUUCUCGUGACUUUUUUCUUUUUUGAAGUUGUGGACUACAUUAUUUAUGCAGGAUUAGUUUCGAUUUAAUCCAAUUUGGCAACCACCACGUUUUCACGUCGUCAUGACGACGACGAGAAAACAAUUCGAAAAGGCCGACAGAGUGCGACCGGGUAGUUUUACGCGCCUCUUUGUCGACUUGUUUUGUUUGUUGUGUGAAUUAUGGUGUGCAAGUGCAGGUUCCCGCCCAAUUAAUAUUCUUGGCUCAAUACACCUGUGGUGGUGGAGAUUUUAAUAACGUUUUUAUCUGGAAUCGAUUCUUAUUCUUGGUCUUUUGAUUGUAUUUCUCGUGGUUGUGAACUUGGGGUGUGAUUCUCUAAGUGAUGACAAUCUAGUGAAGCCAAGACUUAAAAAACCCAACAACAAACAAAGCAUUUUAACUUUUCCUCUACAGUUUCCGGGAAGACCCAUUCAAUGGGAUCAUGCCUCGUCGGUUGGAAAUCCGUACCACCAUUCUGGGGAAAAAAUCAGACGAGAGAAGCAGAAGGAAAGAUGCCAAUGCUAAUGAUCUCUAUGCAGAUGAAGCUCUGCAGCUGCUGGAGGAAAUUGAACAGCUCAAAUCGAAUAUUCAAAAGACAGAUGAAAGGAUCCUUGGCACCUACACAAAGUCUCCCUGCAAAGCCAAGAAGAAAAAGCCCGAAGUCCCUGCCAGAAAGGUUGUCUACGAUGUCUUCUACCCAGCCAUGGACGCCGCAGGUUCGAGAGUUGAAGAAGAGAAACACGGCCGACGUCGUCCUGUUCGUGACACGGUCGUUUCCCAUUGUUUAAACGCGGGCGGCGCUAGCGCAAGAGCGGCGGCGAUGGCGUACAGCGACGACGACGACGACGUGACACCCUCGGCAUUCGCAACUUAUUCCGUGCCGGGAAGGCCGUGGAUUCCAUGCACGACCAAUUUCACACCAGCGCCAAUGGCUUCGCAGUUUACGGAACCUUCUCACGGUCCUUCGUUUUGGCCGGUUGCUGCCACCACUACGAGACGGACCCAACAACAACAACAACAAAGACCAAACUUGGAUGAUGAGAAGGUCCGGCCAACGAUCCGGCACGAUGAGCCACAUCAACGAGCAACCACCGUCGACAACCAGAGCGCUACAGGUGGUGGUGGUAGCAGCGGUGAUACCAACAGGGAACAGCAGCCGACCACUGGACGAGUGAGCAGUUUCAAACGCAUUUACGCCACCAGCCGAGCGUCGUCGACGGAGCGCAAUGCUCAUCUGGUCUCAGCAGGUGAAACUCAAAUCACGCCAGGCGGAUCGGCCACCGCCAGCAGUCACGACCACGACCCGAGGAUUGAGCAGCGACAACCGACCGCAGGCGGUAACGCAGGUGGUCGACAGGACUUGGAUGGCCACGUCGGUGACGGCGGUGGUGGCGGCGGCGAAGAUGACGACGACGACCGAGAGGACAAGCCAGUCGAGAGCUGCUUGCCCGUCAGCAGCGCCGACGGAGAAAACUCUGGUCACGCUUCGAUGCCGCUCAACUCGACAGCAGACUUAUCCAAUAAUCUUGGUCCGCAAUGGGUUGAUGGAGCGGAAGUGGACGAGUCGUUUCAACCGGUUCCGCCAGAAAUCGAUUCAGAUUUCGGUCGCCCAGCAGCAGUCGGGUUGCUGGAAGAGGAUUCGCCGCCGGAACAAGUUCCGAUUCACUUGGAGAGACUAGACGACGAUAUCGUCGACCUGCCAGCCGUGCCCGAAGAACAAGAAUUGACGACCGACCCGGUCAACAACAUGAAGGCGGAACGAGUCCGGCACUACGAUCGCGAUGAGAUUCGCCAAUACAUGCAGAAACAGAAGAAGGAGCGCAAAGAGAAGGCCACCAAAGGAUCGGCCGGAUAUGUUUGCCAACACACCCGCGUCAGUCCCAUCAAACGCUCAGAUUUGGGUCUACCGGACAAACCGUUGGUCCAAAUCAAACGGAAACAGCAGCAGCCGAAACCUGGGCCGGAUCCAACAAACGACAAACCCAAACCGGAAAAGAUCAUUUCCAUUCCAAAGAUUGUUCAAAGAGAGAAGACGAAGAAGGUCGAUAAAGAACCGGAGAAAAAGAAGCCACGGGAGCAGGAGGCCAGCAGGGAAAAGUGCGUUCAAACGGAACCGAUGCUGGGCGUGCGACAAACAACCGAUGAAGCGACUCAGAUGACGGCCCGCAGCGAAGUAAACGACUCCAGCACCGAUUGGCUUCACACGGUCCCCACCAGCGCCGCAACGGGCCGGACGGCUGCACAGCUGCCGCCACCCGAGAUGAUGGUGGCCUCAUCGCAGUCCACGAUGGAAAGGAUCCGCUCGACUGCCAGCGUCUCCGCGGAAUCGUCUUCAAGAUCGCGAUUCCUUCCGCGCGCCCAUCCGGCGUCAGCAGCAGCUGAUGAUACCAAACCCAAGCCCGUGACCAAUUUGAUCCAGAAAAUUGAAGAUAUGGAACAUUACAUCGGAAAUCUUUUAGAAGCUCCUUCAUUCCAGUCGCUCAAGACUCCGGCGGUACAUGCGGCUCAUCCGUCGGCGGUGGAACGGCCAAGGGACGUUGCUCCAUCUUCUUCUUAUCGUCCAUCACCAGGGCCGGAGGAAUUACCAAAGAUAAGGAGACAAGUCCCAACCAAGAUGACCUCAUUCCGUCCUCCGCCUCCUUCCCACCUUCCCCUCCAUCCGCCCGCUCCAAUGUCACCUCCCGCGUCGGCAUCUUUUUCGAGUCGAACGGUUCCGGAUGGACCCACACGAGUCGCCCACCCGCCGCCGACGCCCCCGACGCGCAUCUCUUCGGUACAGCAGCAGCAGCAGCAGCCACAACCGUAUCAACUGCUGGACACGACCGCCUCCACCGAAUACCAUCCGCUUCCUGAUCACCUGGCCGCAUUUCUCCAGUUGGACAACAGGCGAUCGCGCAAUGGAUCACCCACCGUCUGCCAGCGCCCGGAAGUGGCGUCACAAUCGAAAGCGGACCCGAAGCCGAGUGACGGGCGUUCCAGAUACGUCACGGAAGAGGCUGCCGAGUUGAGCUCUCUUUUCCAGCGACUUUCUCGUCUUCCGGAAGCCACUGCGGCCGCCGGCCAAACCCAAGCGCGACCGAAGCCUGCGCAACAACAUCGUCCAACCGGUGCAGCCGGACGGGAGGCGGAAGAACCACAAACCUACUUUCGCGACUUCAACGAAAUCCUGCAGAUGGAUCCCAACCCGUUGACGGAGCGGUCCAACAGCUGGAAGAGAGUUGCCUCACGGCCGGCAGCUGCUGCCUGCCGUGAUGCCAGCGGUGCCAACGGUUUCCCCCUUCCGGCGGUGGCGCCGUACAACAUUCUCUCGGCCCUUAGCGACGAGCUCAAAGCGACCAUGAACCGGAUCCCGCGGGGCAACGAUAAUUCCUCCGACUCGGACUUUCAGUCACGACUCUCCGUUUCUGACAUAUCUGUGCCGGAUGCGGUCGCCAAAGUUGCCACUUACACCACCGCAAACGCCCAGCUCGCCCAGCUCGCCCAGCCUGGCGUCUCCUCCUCAUCCUCGCCCCAUUCUUCAUCGAAAAACGAAAUCCAGUUGCCAAAAAACGGGUCAGGUUCUCGAACCGGCGUCCAUGAGGCCGGUUCGAGAAUGUCCAAUCAACUGGAAAGUCAUCCGGGACCACCCCCAGUGGCCAAUCCGCCAUCCAAUGACGAGACGGAUGCCAGCCAAAUCCCGCAAGAACUGGACACCACUUAUCUGACGCUGACCCCGCAGUACACCUCGUUCGAAGCGACUUUUUCGCUGGCCAGGCCGCUGGACUCGACAAGUAUAACAGAAAGUGGGUUGGCAGCUCAUCCGGCGGAAAGCGACUCCAAUAAUCGCUCCAUGUUUUCCACCAAAUUGAGUCCCAUUCCGCGAGCCAUUUCCCCGCUGACUCUCAAUUCCGACUCGGACUCGAGCGCCAUCAAUACGGAACGGAAGCAGUCCACUUCGUCUUCCGAUCGCUCCGAACGUGAGCGAUCCAUCGGAACGGAAAAUGUCGUCAACGAAACCACCAGCCGCUUGGUCACGACUCCGUCGUCACGCACUGUCCAGCCUCUGCAGCCGGGAAGUUUGGCGGAAGAACACGCCAAAAAAUCGGACGAGCUACUGGCCCGGCUCCGGGCCGAGAUCCAGCGCGACGAAAGCCUCUACCGCUCGAUCCAGCACGUUGACCGUCUGGAAGAUUCCGCCAUCAAAGACUCGUCGAAACGAUUUCGCAUUCAAAUCGAUUCCAAGACGCGGACGUUUUUCGAGGCGCAGACGGAUGCCCUGCGAUCCAUCGCUCAAGAUGUCAGAGGUGGGCUGGCGGCCAAUGCAUCCGUCUUCUUGCAAGGCAGUCAGGCGGCCAUGGAAGUGGAUCGAGUUCAGAGCCAGACCCGCAAAACAUUAGAUUCCGGCCGGCAAACGUACAGCUCCGAUUUCGACGAACCUUCCGUGCGGAGCUCGCCAGAAAUACCCACCGAAAUGCCCACGGAAUCCCAGGCGGGGGCGGCGGCAUCCACCGCUCAAUCCGCCAGUCAACAGUCGCCCAAACGCUCAACGGAUUUCGGAUCGGAUUCGGAGCGUAGCGGGCUGGAUUCUUCGGCGCUUUCGAACGUUUCGGUGCUGCCACCCAAAGCUGUUGACGUUCUACUCCAGGAAGAGGCUAAACAGCAGCGGCUGCUGCUCAAGUUGCGCGAGAAGGCGCAGGUCGAGAAAACGCUGGCCGAGCUGGAGCUCCUACAGAUGCAGAAGCGCAUUUUGCGGGCCCAGGGCGAGCGUGACAAGGCGGCCAGCAUCAAAAAGAGACAGCGCGGAUUGCUGUUGAAACUGCAGGAGGAGCGGGCGCGCAUCGAAGCCCUACGACGCCAGCACAAGAAAGAGGAGCAGCGGAGCAAAGGAUCGUCGGAUUACCAGCACUACGACAGCAGUUCCUGGGAGACGGACGUGAGCGCUGUCUCUAAUUCGACCGUCGGUGCAGGGGACACGUCGGCUUCCAUCGUUGGCGAAGCUUCCAAUAUCGACCAGCCGGCCGAUUCGUCAUCCACCUCCACUUUCCAGCAAGUCAUCAGCGAAGCCGCUCACAUUCAGCCACCUUCCAGCAAUGACGAAGCGGUCGACGAUGACGCCGAGGUGAGCCAGCAACUUAGCCGCUCCACUCGCAGCGAACUGGAAGGUCACGACUCCGGCUCGGCCUUGUCCAAUCUCCGGUUACGUGCACCUUUGUCUCCCAGAACGACCGCCGACAGCAUACGAUUUCGGACGAAAUUCCGCCGUCGGCACUCGAGCGGCUCGGACGAUUCCAUCAACCUGUCUCAGAAUGAAACAGCGUCUGACGUCAGCGAUGUCGAGAGUCGCCUACUGGCCUUGACAGAUCAACUCCAGCGGCGUGAAACGGAAGCCCAGCGUCUGAAGACCGAACACAGGAGGCUCAGCAAGGAGAAAUUGAAGGCCCAAGAAAGUGCCUUGAUCAAACAGAUUGAGGUUUACGACCGUUGUAUCACCGACCUUCGUUCCCAGCUGGAUGCCGAUGCCGAAACGGGCGCAACCGCCAAUGCCGUUUUAGCUGUCCGACCUGUCAUCCGUCAGCCGCGAGCCCUCAUCCGCGCCGAUGAGGCCAAGUCGCCAACGUCGGCUCGAUCGGAAUCCGAGCCCAAGAUUUCGGAAUCGGAAUCGGCCAAGUCGUUGGAGGUGGAAGGAAGUGGACAAACUCCGCCGAGCGAACAGAAAGCAGUAGAACAGUCCUCGGGCAGCUCUUCCAUAAGCACUCAAAUUCAAACCGAAGCGGAUGAGUCCAUCGGUCAGCUGAGCGACCAUGAAUCCGUCCGAGGUGAACUGCUGGUUGAAGAAGGUGAAGCGACCAUGUUGCCGGUUGUCGAAUCCGCCGAAUCGGAAAAAUCUCUCUCGGAACUAUCAACCGAUCCGUCGGCAGCCCAGGAUAACCAGGCCGAGAUAUCCGACUCGGGUCGAACGGAUCUUUUCAAUCAAACGAUGAUCAUCAAAAGUGACGUUCAAGUCAGAGAAGAAUUGGCGGAAGAAAUUUCCAGAUCCAUUUUGGACAUCCUGGUGGAGGAAACCAUCACUCUGGCCAUGCGUUGCCUCCUGAAGAAGAAAAAGGAGACAGAGGAGGUGGAUCCUGUGUCGAGUAAAACAUCGGCGGAUGUGUUGCAACGUGUCAGCGCUUUGCUGUCAACAUCGGCGACGGAAGUGCCCAAGGAGAAUCGCUCCCAGUUGUACCUGACCACGACUUUCGAUCUUCUCAGUCCCGACGAUGGACAUUCGCCAAUCAGUCAUCCGGCCGGAAACUCAUUUGCUCCGCCUUGCGAUUUGACCAGCGCCGAGGGACGUGACGCUCUCGAGUCGAAACUCAAUGAUUUGCGUUUCGACAACGAAUGGAUCGACGACGACUUGGAAGUGGCCCCCGUUCUGCCGGACUCUGCUCCGGACGAAAAUCGCGACAAGGUGAUCCAGGAAGCCGAGGCCCUGGAGCGCGAACAAAAGCGGAUUGAACAGGAGAUCCAGCGAUUGAGCUCCGGAUCGGUUCUUUAUUUGCGGGAGAUACCCAACAAGCCGCCUCCGCCUUACACUCCGCCGGGCCAGGCCCUCACUUGGCAAAAGAUCCGCUCACCAGUCGUGGCGGAAAACAAACAAAUCGUUCCGAAAUCCAAAGAAGAUGUCGCUCGAUAUUGUAAGCGCUUUACCGAAUUCCUACUCGACAACCACUCGCAGCCAGACAUCCCCAUUCCGGAUGAGCUUCUUACGGUCGAUCUCCAAUCGCAAUCGGAUCAGCCAGCUGAAUGGCAAGACAAUUGCAGGGCUUUCUUGUCCCUGUUGGCCGAUUUAUCUCGUCUCCACUUGGCGGAGUUGAGCAAACGCAGCACAUUCCUGGCCGGUCAGAAAUUUGUGGGUGGCAGACCGAUCCGGUCGCGCAUGGAGCUCGUAAAGGCCGUCGAAAGCGCCGUGCUAGUCCAAAUGAAUUACCAGCCGCGCUUACUUCGCGAAAGCCAACUGGCCAGGUGGUCGCAGAAGAAACGCGAUCGAGUUGAUGAAAUUCUGGUACGCGAAUUGCAAAUCGAGGAGAAGUUCUGGACGGAUUUCUCCAGCGAAGAAGUUCAAGUCAAACACCAAACAGCCGAGGCCAUACUCGAUUUGCUGCUGGACGAAACCGCCUUCAUUUGCAAACGGAUUAUGCAAACCGCCAAAUAAUAGCCCCACCCGUUCGUCUUUUUAAUGUUUGAAAAACGUUUGCCAAUUUUCAGAAAUUUUGCCCGCUGACUAAUAUAAUAAUAAUAAUACACUGCUAUUUUUCGAA